AUGUAUCAGCUACUCGGAGACGAGUCCUCAGCGCUAGACGAGUCGAUUUUGCGAGAACUGUUUCUCCAGCGACUUCCUCACACCGUCCAGAUGAUUCUCUCAGCCUCUCCCACUGUUCCCCUUCGCGAGUUGUCAGAGCUCGCGGACCGGAUUAUGGAAGCGACACCGCCUUUCGGAGCCUCCCACACAAUUGCUGCUUUGCAGCCUUCCGCACGAGCGCCCUGCACAGCAGGACCUGUGCAACCUGCUGCAACUACUGCAACCUGCUGUAAUUGCGACUCGCUCCGCGAAGAGGUUCGCCAGCUCUCCUCCGCGCUGUCCCGCUUAUCUAUACCCAGCUCCGCCCCAGAUUCAGCCCCUUCCCAUCGGCUAGAAGACGAAAUCGCAGUACUCAAGACGCAGUUAGCGGCAAUCUCCGCUCGCCCCAGGUCUCCAAGUCCUCGACGUUCAUUCCGUCCGCGUUCCCGUUUCUCACCCAGCCGUCGUUUCUCGCCCAGGCGCACGCCACAUUUCCAGCUCUGCUGGUAUCAUGAGCGUUUCGGCAAAGCAGCGACUAAGUGCCUGGAACCCUGCAUCUUCCAGGAAAACACCAGCCCUGGCAACUAG